AUGUUUAGAGCAAACAUACAAAACGUUAAGCAUAAGCUUAGUCAAAGCACACGUCCAUGUAAUCCUUCAAUUAAUGUUGCAGACUACCAAAUUGUUGCUGAAGGUAAUGCAGAGAUUCUAUUCCCAGAAAAGAAAGCAGUAUUUUACAACCCAAUUCAGCAAUUUAAUAGAGAUUUAAGCGUAACAUGUAUUAAAGCAUGGGAUAACCUUCACAGUAAUUCAAAGCAGAUAGAACGCUCUAGUCUGAAUACAACCAGUAAACCUAGUAGUAAUGAGCUAGACAAUGAGCCUACAAGUAAAAAACGGAAACUUUCCUUUAGCGGAUCAGGUGAUGAACAGGUUAAAGAAUCUAAACACUAUAUUAAGGUGCUAGAAGCGCUUUCUGCUACUGGCCUUCGUGCCAUUCGUUACGCUCGUGAGAUUCCUAAUAUUAAAGAAAUUGUUGCUAAUGACCUGUUGGCCGCGGCUGUUGAAUCCAUUCAAAGAAACGUGGAUCACAAUAAUGUCUCUGAACUUGUGAAACCAAACCAGGAUGACGCGAAUGUUUUAAUGUAUCGCUCAAAAUCUAUGGGACAAAAAUUUCAUGUCAUCGAUCUAGACCCAUAUGGGACGGCUGCUCCAUUCAUAGACGCCUCAAUGCAAGCAAUCGAAGAGGAUGGUUUGAUGCUUGUUACAUGUACUGAUCUUUCAGUUCUAGCAGGGAAUGGAUACCCAGAGAAGUGUUUUGCGUUAUAUGGAGGAGUCAAUAUGGCUGGUCACGAAGCCACUCAUGAAAGCGCGCUCAGGUUAGUACUACAUUUGCUUGGUCAAAGUGCGGCGAAAUAUAAGAAAUGCAUCGAACCACUUUUGUCUCUCAGUAUUGAUUUCUAUGUGCGUGUAUUUAUCCGUGUUAAAACUAGCCCAACUCAGGUAAAAAACCUGCAGUACAACACUAUGGUCGGCUACGUAUGCAGCGGCUGUGGCUCCUACCAUACGCAGCGUAUGGGUAAGAAAUCACAGCGUGAAUCCAAGAAAGGUAAGUCAUUUGUGAAAUACUCUCUUGCAAAGGGGCCACCUGUUGAUAGGUAUUGCAGUUUCUGUAACUCAGUCCAUCACGUUGUUGGACCGAUGUAUGGAGGUCCGCUUCAUAACCGCAAAUUUAUCGAGGAGGUUCUCCGAAUUAACGAGCAUGAGCACAAUGAUGAGAUAUAUCAUACACGUAAGCGGAUUGAAGGGAUGUUGACCCUUGCUCUUAAUGAAAUAGAAGCACCUUUUUACUUUUCUCCUACCUUCCUGUCGUCAAUUUUGAAAUUUCAAGUGCCACCGCUGAAGACUGUUGUUGCAGGCCUUGGUUCAUUGGGUUUUAAGUCCUCCUUAACGCACGCAAAACCGUCUUCCAUCAAGACUGAUGCUCCAUGGGACGCUAUUUGGUACAUUAUGAAAAAAUACUGCCUUGAUAAGAAGCUCUGCGACCCUAAGAAUAUGAACAACAAUGUUGUGGGUUAUAAAAUUCUUAACAAUGAGUCUAUUGUUGGGACCGAAGAAUGGCAACAGAAACUUUCUUUUGAACCUAAUGAACAAAGCGGUGAAUUUGAGCGCCUACGGAAACUGAAGAUUGUCCGGUACCAGGAAAACCCAACUAAAUUCUGGGGACCAAAGGCCAGGCCACAAUAG